CGGCUGGCUCUUCCUUCAGCUGCCUUUCCCGGGCGUCUCCCCGCAACCUCCUCAACUUCCCUAGUCCGUGACGCGGCGCCGGGCAGAGAUCCGAGCGGACCGGGCUCGGGCAGCGUGAGCUGCGGGUGUGCGCCUAUCUCUGCGUCUCUGAGAGGACAGACUGUGGGCUGGGACCGCGGGGCGACUGUGACUGAGGAAGAGUGUUAAAAGAAGAUGGAUGCACAGUGUUCAGCCAAGGUCAAUGCAAGGAAGAGGAGGAAAGAGGCGCCUGGACCCAACGGGGCAACAGAGGAAGAUGGGGUUCCUUUCAAAGUGCAGCGCUGUGCAGUGGGCUUACGGCAACCAGCUCCUUUUUCUGAUGAAAUUGAAGUUGACUUUAGUAAGCCCUAUGUCAGGGUAACUAUGGAGGAAGCCAGCAGAGGAACUCCUUGUGAGCGACCUGUGAGAGUUUAUGCUGAUGGAAUAUUUGACUUAUUUCACUCUGGUCAUGCCCGAGCUCUGAUGCAAGCAAAGAACCUUUUCCCUAAUACGUACCUCAUUGUGGGAGUUUGCAGCGAUGAGCUCACACACAACUUCAAAGGCUUCACGGUGAUGAAUGAGAACGAGCGCUAUGACGCAGUCCAGCACUGCCGUUACGUGGAUGAGGUGGUGAGGAAUGCGCCCUGGACCCUGACACCUGAGUUCCUGGCCGAACACCGGAUUGAUUUUGUAGCCCAUGAUGACAUCCCUUAUUCAUCUGCUGGAAGUGAUGAUGUUUAUAAGCACAUCAAGGAGGCAGGCAUGUUUGCUCCAACACAGAGGACAGAAGGUAUCUCCACGUCAGACAUCAUCACCCGAAUUGUGCGGGACUAUGAUGUGUAUGCGAGGCGGAACCUGCAGAGGGGCUACACGGCAAAGGAGCUCAAUGUCAGCUUCAUCAACGAGAAGAAAUACCACCUGCAAGAGAGGGUUGACAAAGUAAAGAAGAAAGUGAGAGAUGUGGAGGAGAAGUCCAAAGAAUUUGUUCAGAAGGUGGAGGAAAAAAGCAUUGACCUCAUUCAGAAGUGGGAGGAGAAGUCCCGAGAAUUCAUUGGAAGUUUUCUGGAAAUGUUUGGCCCGGAAGGAGCGCUGAAACACAUGCUGAAGGAGGGGAAGGGCCGGAUGCUGCAGGCCAUCAGUCCAAAGCAGAGCCCCAGCAGCAGCCCCACGCGCGAGCGCUCCCCCUCCCCCUCUUUUCGAUGGCCCUUCUCUGGCAAGACUUCCCCACCUUGUUCCCCAGCAAAUCUCUCCAGGCACAAGGCUGUAGCCUAUGAUAUCAGUGAGGAUGAAGAAGACUAAUUUUUCCUCCCUCCUUUCCUCUCCUCUCCCUCUGUCCCAUUACCUUCAAAGCUCUCUGUUGAAUUCCAGACUGUGACCCCAACACUAAACCUAAGGACAGCUACAAAGGAAAGACAGCUGGGGCAAGAGGACCUGGGACUGGGGGAACCAAACAGCCCGUCCUCCAAGUGACAUCCCUCACCCACACGAAGGAGGGGCUGCACCUCAGAAGCCUGCUCUGCACCCAUUUGCCCUCCCCAAGGGCUGUCCCACUGUUGAUGUUCGUGUGAUCUCAACAGGGAAAUCGUCAUUUGUAUUAAGUUUUUUUUAAAUUAGUCUUUGAAACGUAGAACUAAUUGUUUGCCCGAGGAGUGGGCAGAAGAAGGAGGUAGUGUAAUACGCAGAGGCCUUUUCUUCCCAGUACACGACAGCAUUUGCCUUCCCUUCUGAAGCAAAGUGGCUUGCCAAGUCCUUCACGCAAUGAGCCGUGCUGAUGGGUAAUUGAUAUAAUUUUGAUUUCCUUAAGGAAAAGCUAAAAGCCAAGUUACAGUCACAAAUCCCCUCAACGUACUGCUGUCACCAGUGUCACUGUGGCUGUAGGAAGGAGAUCUGAGCCUCACUUGUCUUACUCCCUGAGGAGUUUCUUACUGGACCCAGUGGGGUCCAUGAAGACCCUGACGGGGAUGGAAGCAGACCCGUGGCAUCAGCUGCAGUGUUUCUGCUGUGUUCAUCUUCUCAGAAAGUUCUGUGACCCGGCUCUCUGGGAGCUUUUGUGAGUCUCCUUCCUACCAUCUACCUUCAAAGGAAGGAACACUUUGAGGGUCACGAGGAUGAGGAGAGGAGCGGGACAAUACUCAAUCCCAUGCCAAGGCAGUUGAGAUUCGUUUCCUACUGGGAGGAGUGCCUGGCCCUGCUACUCCGAUUUGAAUGUUAUUAAUAUUAUCUAGCCUUUUACAAAGGAUACUUUGUAAUGUCUGCCGUUGGAACUUGAUGUCAGUCCCUUUUGGUCAUAGCCAUACUGAAUAGAGAGAUUUGCACAGAAUGUAGAAGCAAAAGCAUGGGAAACACCUUCCUCUCUGAAGCAACAGCCUCGUCAUCCUGACCUCUGUCCCUCUUAAGAACAUUCUUCACUGGAACCAGAGCUCCACAGUCUUUCUUUUCCUCAGAGAGCCGCGGCCGGCAGGGACCUCCCUCCGCCGCCCCUCCAGCAAGCCACAGAGCAUGCCCUCACGGGACAAGAUGUGAAUAGACUGCCAUGGGAUAAAGAGUGGUCCCUAGCUUCUAUUUUUCCAAGUAAAUAAGUAGAACAUGUUCUUGGGAUUAUACCAUUAAAUGUUAAUUUUCUUGAAGAAGAAAGAUUGUUGUGUGCCGGGAUUUUAUGUUGGCACUCGGAUUGAGGCAGAAAACAGAAGCACCAAGUUUAACACUGGGAUGGCGUGGGUUGUGUUCCUGGAGGUUUGAAGUGGGCCUUCCUGCCUUUUGAGGGGAAAACUGACUGUUUUGAACGUAUCCUGGAUUAGUUGGGUUGUUUUGUAUUGAGGAUCCCUAGAAGACAAGAGAGUCUUGGAAAGGGCUGCUGGCUUCGUCGUGAACGUUCGUCCCAUCACCAGUGUGAGUCUGCGGGGAAGUUUUCCUCAAGUGGGGUUCAGUCUCUAAUUUUCCUGUCUGUUAUUAGUUUGUUCUGAGUUAUUUUGGAUUUUGUUCUUUAGCCAAAUAAAGGCAAUAUGGUUUUACCUCA